AUGAAACUGAGAGACAAAGAAUUAGAGGAGGAAAGAGAAAGGGAAAGAGAAUUGGAGGAAAAUAUAACUCAAGAUAGCCCAACAACAGAGAUCAUUAAGCACUUUUCACACCACCAUCCUCUGAUUUAUCUUGUCUUAGACUAUAAACAGUUUGUGUGUAAUGUUUGUAACUGCAAGGGGCGUGGAAAGAGAUACCAUUGUGCCCAAUGCAACUUCGAUCUGCACAAGAUUUGCGCGCAGAGCCCCAUCAUCUGGCUCUUACACCAGAUGCCCCCUGAAGAGAUUGAGAAGUUUGGGAUCCUCCAUGACAUCGUUGAUACUUUUGCCCAUCCCCAUCACUUGGUGAUUGCAGAGUACAAACAGCGGCCUUUCAGAUGCAACCAUUGCAAAAAUGUAGGGGAUGGUCUAAGGUAUUAUUGUGAUGCAUGUGAUUUAAUGUUCCACCAGGUUUGUGCUCAGCACCCAACCAGGUUAUCAUCAUACCUGCACCCCCAGCACGAACUUGAACUCAAGCUCAGGCCACAGGGAAAAAGUUGUGAACUAUGUGGAAGCAAAGGGAAGGCCAAGAACAAUCGAAUGUAUAUGUGCAAAGAGUGUGACUUCUAUAUGCACCCUCAGUGCAGCCAGUUGCCACUCUACUUGCUUCACCCGCUACACCCUCCACAUCCACUAAUUCUUAAGAGAUCAUGCAGUGAUUAUCGUUGCUCUGCUUGUUCAAAUUGGAUGACAAAUCAAUCUAAGUACAGUUGCACACGAUGUGGACUUGAUUUUGAUCGUACUUGCAUCAUGGAGAAGUCAAUACUUGGUCUGGGUGAUGAAGUAAGACAGAGUUACACAGAGAAUAUGAUCAAGGUACUUCCAGUAGCAAAUUUAACUUCAUAUGCACCUAUACGAGAUCCUCCUAUAUCAAUUACCUUCUCUAUAUAUACUUCUGUCAUCUUUAGCAGUUCAACGGCCUCAAGCAUAACAGUAAGGGGAAAUAUGUUGUGGGCGGGUGGGAGAGAAAGACACCUACUAAAACUGAAAGACAAAGAACUAGAGGAGGAGAGGGAAAGGGAAAGAGAAUUGGAGAGAAAAUCAGCUCAAGAUAACCCAACAACAAAGAUCAUCGAGCACUUUACCCACUCCCAUCCCCUAAGUUAUGCUGAUAUAGACUAUGCACGAUUUGUCUGUGAUGUUUGUAGUUGCAAGGGGCGCGCAGAGAGAUACCACUGUGCCCAAUGCAACUUUGAUCUGCACAAGACUUGUGCAGAAAGCCCAAUCAUCUGGCUCUUACACAAAAUGCCCCCUGAAGACAUUGACAAGUUUGGGAUCCUCCAUGACAUUGAUGAUUCUUUCGCCCAUCCCAAUCACUUGCUGAAGGCGGAGUACAAACAGGAGCCUUUCAGGUGCAACCAUUGCAAAAAUAUAGGGGAUGGUGUUCGGUAUCAAUGUGAUGCAUGUAAUGAGACGUUUCACGAGGUUUGUGCUCAGCACCCAACCAGGUUAACAUCACACCUGCACCCCCAGCAUGAGCUUGAACUCAAGCUCAGGCCAAGUGGACUAGACAUAAAUUGUGCACAAUGUGCAAGAAAAGGGAAGGCCAAUAAUCGAAUGUACACAUGCUAUGAGUGUAACUUCUUCGUCCACCCUCAGUGCAGCCAGUUGCCACUCUACUUGCUGCACCCGCUGCACCCUCCCCACCCACUGUUACUCAAGAGAUCACGUAGUGAUUAUCAUUGCUCUGCUUGUUCGAGGUGGAUAACAAAUGAAUGUAGGUACAGCUGUACACAAUGCGGCCUUGAUUUUGAUCGUACAUGCAUCAUGGAGAAGUCAAUACUUGGUUUGGGUGAUGUAGUAAGACAGAAUUACACAGAAAAUAUAAUCAAGUUACUGCCAGUUGCAAAUUUAACUUCUUCAUAUGCACCUAUACGGAAUCCUCAUACAGCAAAUAAGUAUGCCAAUGCUUACGAGCUUUCAGUAGAAACUUUGGACGUCUUGUCUGGAGUUAUAGAUCUAGCAUCCAAUUAACCACCCAAUCAAUCUCCAUGUGCUGUCAAUUUUUUUUCCUCUUUUGAAUGAAAAUUUGGAAGUCUGGCAAUUCAGAAACUGUCACAAGAUAUUCGAAAAUUAUGGUAUCAUCUCAAAACAAGAACAUUAUGGGA